AGAAAUGACGCUGCUAAGAGUUGGCAUCGUGCUACUGCUGACCAGUGGAAGUAUACCGAUUGGUCAAGCAAAGUAUGUCGAAGGUCAUCUCAAAACAUCUGAUAAUUGGGCAUUCUUGGCAAGGUUUUGUUUCCUAUCUGGCAAAGGAAAGUAUGAAUAUUUGAUCGAAUAUGAAAAGAAGCUGGGCGAGCUGAAGCUGCUCCUAUACUAUGACGAUCGGACACAGUGGCCAGCAAUCUACAAAACAGAUAAGACAUGUACCGAGAAACUAUCCGUCCUACACCCGGAAGACAAUCAGAUCGUUACACUAUCCCCACGAACUCCCUACAAUCUCUACUCCGGUUGCCAUCUGCGUACACCAACACCGAAAGAAUCGCCGGAUGAUCCACUGCCAAGGAAUAGUGGCACUACCACGACUACACGCGCGCCAUCCACCGGCCGUGGAGCUUCAGCCGGAUCGGGUGGUGAUAUCAAACCUCCGGACGAUGAUCCACAAUACUACGAUCAAUUCCUGAAAACAAGCACAACCGAACCAGAAUUCCCAUUUGAAGAUACCUCCACCACCGGUAAUGGGACGGAAGAGUCCCCGUACGAGAUACUACUAACGUCCACGAGCUCCAUCCAAGGAGGCGCCUUUGCAGGUGAUAAUGGUGAGGUGAACCUGCUCGAGAACAGUACCGAUUAUCGACUGCUAGUGGAGCAACUAUUUCCCGCAGCGGAUGAAGCAGGAGAGCAACGACACGAUCCACCAUCGAACGGGACACGGUUGCGACGAGCAGCACCGAUGGGGAAGUACGAAACCCGGCUCAUAGUGAGCUGCAGUAACUUUGGAAGCUUCACAAGCUCACGGGAACGCUGGUGGUACAUAGCGAUCGCAAACUGUGACGGAGCGGGCAAGGGGCUGGACGUAAAGUAUCGGUUCCGGAUGACGAAUGGACCGCCGGGAGACUUUUGGCACGAGCAUUUCUCCGCUGAUGAGAUGUAUAUUCCUCCAAUUCUGUUGGCGGAAUCGAUUGCCUACAGUAUGCUGCUUCUGGCAGUAUUUAUCUGCGCUGUAGAACUAAAGGCACGGCAUCUGUAUCACUGCACUUACCGUCUGUUUACGCUGAGCGUCCUUCUGCAGUGGUUCGGUAUCUUGCUGCUAAGUGUCACCUGGACCAAGUACGCCGUGUCUGGGAUCGGACCGUUCCCUAACUUUGGAGGCAUCUUUACGAGCGCUAGUGAGAUCUCUUUUCUGCUGCUGCUGCUGUUAAUGGCGAAGGGGUACACCAUCACAAGGGCACGUCUGAAAACUUGCUCCACAGUCAAGAUUACCAUCUUCAUCAAUCUGUAUGUGGUAGUGUACGUCUCACUGUACAUCUACCAGGCCGAAGCGUUUGAUCCGGGCGAAGUUCUCAAUCUGUAUGAAUCUCCUGCCGGGUUCGGAUUAGCCGGACUAAGGUGUGCCGGGUGGGUUUUCUUCAUGUACGCCUGUGCGGCCACAAUACGGAAAUUUACAGAGAAAACCCCAUUCUACUAUCCCUUCACCAUGCUUGGAUCGUUGUGGAUUCUAAGUGGACCAGUCCUAACGCUGCUCGGUGUCAGUGUGCUCGACCCUUGGGUGCGCGAGUCCGUCAUGCACGGAGCGCUUGGUACGGUAGCUUUUGCUGGGCAUUUAGCUUUCCUUUGGUUAACGUGGCCUUCGAGAGCUAAUCGGAGCUUUCCCUACCAUGUGCGGACGAAUCAUGUGGGCAUUUCGCAUGGAGAGGAUGAUGAGGUGACGUACCCGAAGCAUCCGUACGAACCAACGACCCUGGUGAACCAUCACAACCAUCCACUACAACACCAGUAUCCUAUUGCGCCGUCUGAGACGGUACUACAGAAUGGUCAUGGGAAUGGAUUUUUGGUCCCGUUGUCACGCGGCGAUGGGGUGUACGAUCAGUAUCUUCGUGAGCGGGAUAUCUAUCAUAGUAUGUCGACACCGCUCAGUUAUGUGUCCUUCCCUGCGCCGGCCGGAAGGGAGAAUGGAACGUCAAACGGAACAAAUCAGCGGGAACCUAUACGUAAUGGGAACUCAAUCAAUAGUCCGGUGGUAAAUGGAGUAAAUGGACCAAAACCGGAAGGAGAAACAGCAACGGAAACAGAACAACGUAACAAUCCAAAAUCACUUGCGCUAGAAGUUGAAGCGGACCUUUCCGGCCAUCCGUCGCUUGAGGUUGCUGAGCAAGUGUCGAGCAAUCCACCGCUAAGUGGUAACGGAUCCAUCGCAUCCGGACCGAUCGAGCGACAAUCGUCCAGUGGUGGUGACCGCGAAGAGAAACGACCAUUUAAUCCAUUUUUAGCUGGAGCACAGACGGCUGCCGAAGCCGCUCGAAAACCGAAUCGAAUCAUCCUACCCAGUCUGGAGCAUGGGCAAGCCAGUCCAAUUAUAGUGAGCACAGAAUCAAUGGCGGAACACGCUGCAGUUACUACUGAAAACGGGAGUACUAGUAGUAAUGCCGUCCCAAAGCAUCUCUUUGCAGCAAAGCGUGAUCCGUAA